UUGCUUUUCACCUUUAUGCUGCCACAACUUAUGGAUGUCGUUUUAAACGUCGACAAUGCAGAUGAUUUUACGGAUACUUUCUAUAUUAUGCUCGCCAUAAUUAUGGCCUGUUGUAAAAUGGUCGGUCUUCUGAUAAAUCGCAAAAAUAUAAGGAUAUUAACCAAUAUUCUUAUUCAAAAACCAUUUAUCCCAUUAGAGGCUGACGAAAUAGAAAUCCGCCAAAAAUUCGACAAAACAAUACAAACGAAUACAUUAUGGUACACAAUUUUGGUCGAGACGACAUGUGCAUGCGUAAUGUUGACAUCAUUAUUCACCGAUUUUCGGAAAGGUAAUUUAACGUACAGAGAGUGGACACCGCAUAACUACACAUCCGAGGUGAUAUUCUGUAUCAUAUAUGCUCGUCAAUUAAUAAGCUCGACUAUUGGCUCUAUGGUGAACGUUGCGUGCGACAGUCUGAUUUGUGGUUUAUUAUUACACGUAUGCUGUCAGCUCGAAAUAUUGGAGUGCCGGUUGAAAAAGAGCUUUCUCGGCCAAAAUAAUCUACGCGAAUGUGUACGUCAGCACGACUGUAUAUUUAAAUUUGCAUUAAUGGUGAAUGAAAAAUUCAAGAUAAUUAUCGCUAUUCAAUUUAUUGUGAGCACAUUGGUGGUAUGUUCCAAUUUGUACCAAUUAGCAAAGAUGACAUUGACUGCGCAAUGCUUUCCAUUGAUAUUAUACACAUGCUCCAUGCUCACACAAAUUCUCAUCUAUUGUUGGUAUGGAAACGAAGUAAAACUAAAGAGUGUUCAACUCACCGUUAAUAUCUUUGGAAUGGGAUGGUUAACAAUGAAGCAAAACAGAAAACAGAGUUUAUUAAUAAUUAUGAAUCGUUCAUUAAUACCUAUUGAAUUUUCUAGCGCGUACAUUCUUACGAUGAACCUUAAUUCUUUCGUGAGCUUACUUAAAACGUCAUACUCGGCUUAUAGUAUACUACAACAAAUUUUCACAUUCACGCAAUUUAUGGACGUUGUCCUGAACGUCAAUAAUCCAGACGAUUUUACUAAUACUGUAUACACGAUGUUGGCCAUAUUCGCUGCGUGCUACAAAAUAUUCAAUCUAUGGGUGAAUCAUGAGAGUUUCGCGGAGUUAAUUCAAAAUCUUACGGAAGGAACGUUUAAACCAUUAGUACCUGUCGAAAUUGAAAUUCGACGAAAAUUUGACAAGAUGAUACAAUUCGCAUGCGCGACUAACCAGAGAUUCACGAGAAUUAUCACGUUUCAAUUUAUAGCAAGUACAUUCGUAGUCUGCUCGAACUUGUAUCAACUAACUAGAGCAAAAUUAAUAGUAGAUUUAAUUAUCCUUUUUGCAUACACGAUUUGUGUACUUAUGCAAAUUUUUAUAUAUUGCUGGUUUGGAAAUAAACUUAAACUGAUGAGCCUUCAAUUGAUCGAUAGUAUUUUUGAAAUAGAGUGGAUAGCAUUAGACCAUAAAACUAAAAAGAGUCUUUUGAUAAUUAUGAUUCGCGCAAUGAAACCUAUUGAAUUUCACAGUGCACACAUUUUAAACAUGAAUUUAGAUUCUUUUGUAGCGUUGCUUAAAACGUCAUAUUCUGCUUACAAUUUGUUAACCCAAAUACAGGAAUAA